AUGGAAUCGCGUCAGCUUCGAUAUUUCACGGCGAUUUUUGAGCAUGGCUCUCUCUCUGCUGCCUCCGCGAAUCUCAAUGUUGCCACAUCGGCGCUGAGCCACCAUCUCUCCAAUCUUGAGCAGCAGCUCGGAACUCAGCUUUUCGUGCGACGACCUCGAGGCCUCGCGGCCACUGCAGCGGGCGCGCGGCUCUAUGAUCAUGCGCGCGCCAUUGUCCGCGCCAUCGACACCGCCGAACAGGAUGUCCGAUCGGAAUCCCGGGAAAUCAGCGGAGAGGUUUCCCUUGGCAUGGCCCAUUCGGGGUUCCGGGCCAUCGGCUUGCCGCUGAUUGAGACGAUGUUGCGCCAAUAUCCGAAACUGAAACUAUCGCUUUCAGAGGGCCUUUCGUCAGCAACCUUGUCGCAUCUGCUCGCCUCCCAGAUCGAUUUAGCGGUGGUGUACAAUCCGCCCACCGACCGGUCAUUGCAGCUUCAGCCCAUACUGGAAGAGACGAUGGUGUGCGUCGGCCGCAAGGAACUGAUUGGUGACGAUGACGUGCCCAUCACUUUCGCCGAGCUUCUGGAACUGCCAAUGAUCCUCUUGCGUCAAGGGCUGUCGGCGCGGGCAUUGAUGGACGAUCUCAAUCUCCUCAAAAAACUCGAGACGCGCGCCCUGCUGAACAUGGACUCGGUGCAGGCCAUUGAAAGCUCGUUGCGCGCCGGCCUUGGUUGCACGAUCGGCACCCGCUUGGUCAUGCGCGAUGAUCUUGAAAGCGGUGUGCUGCAAGCACGCCCGAUCGUCAAUCCAAAACUGACGCGUACGCUUUUCCUUUGCGAGACCGCUGAUCGGCAGGCGUCGUUUGCACUCGAGGCGGUAAGAACUCUCAUUCUGAAGCUCAUCCGCGAAGCUGUGGAAGGCGGCCGCUGGCCAGCAACCCUCCUUGAUUGA